AUGGCGACUGCUACCCCUUCGCCGCGCGAGCGCCGUCCCUCCACGAGCGCCCCGCUCGCUGACCUGAAGGGUCCUGUUGGACCUGCGAACUUCACUCGCCCCAAGCACAAGAGGACCGUGACCGGUUUCGGCCCCGGCGAGAUCAAGGCUGUUGAAAACAGCAUUCCAGAGCCUCAGCGUGAAGCUUGGAGGAAGUUCAUGCCCAAGCCUUUCUCCACAUCAGAUGAAUUCAACAAGGAGGCUGUUCGUCAUAUUGAGACUACCCUCGCGCGCUCGCUGUUCAACUGCGAUGAGUCAGCUGCGUAUGCUGGAACCGCCCUGGCGUUCAGGGAUCGCUUGGUUCUGGACUGGAACAAGACACAGCAGAGCCAGACCUUUGCUGACCAGAAGCGCGUAUACUACCUGUCUCUCGAGUUUUUGAUGGGACGUGCUCUAGACAAUGCUAUGCUUAACGUCGAACAAAAAGACGUCGCUACCAAGGGUCUUGCCGACCUUGGUUUCCGUAUGGAAGAUGUAGUUGCUCAGGAGCACGACGCUGCUCUUGGUAACGGUGGUCUUGGACGUCUCGCCGCUUGCUUCCUCGAUUCGAUGGCCUCCCUGAACUACCCAGCCUGGGGUUACGGUCUGCGAUACAGAUACGGUAUCUUCAAACAGGAGAUCAUCGACGGAUACCAGGUGGAAGUCCCAGACUACUGGCUCGACUUCAAUCCGUGGGAGUUUCAGAGACACGACAUCACAGUCGACAUUCAGUUCUACGGCCACGUAAACCGCUGGCAAGACGAUGAGGGAAAGCAGCAGUCUUCUUGGGAAGGCGGCGAGAUUGUCCAGGCUGUGGCUUAUGAUGUUCCAGUUCCUGGCUACAAGACUGGCACUUGCAACAACCUCCGUCUUUGGGGCAGCAAGGCUGCCAGCGGCGAGUUUGACUUCCAGAAGUUCAACUCUGGCGAGUACGAGAGCUCAGUAGCAGACCAGCAGCGCGCUGAGACCAUCUCCGCCGUUCUGUACCCCAACGACAACCUCGAGCGCGGUAAGGAGCUUCGUCUCAAACAGCAGUACUUCUGGUGCGCUGCCUCGCUCUACGACAUCGUUCGCCGUUUCAAGAAGAGCAAGCGCGCCUGGAAGGAGUUCCCCAACCAGGUCGCCAUUCAGCUUAACGACACUCACCCAACCCUGGCCAUUCCUGAGCUUCAGAGAAUUUUGGUCGACAUCGAGGGUUUGGACUGGGAUGAUGCGUGGAACAUUGUCCAGAACACUUUCGGUUACACAAACCACACCGUCCUUCCUGAGGCGCUUGAGAAGUGGUCUGUUCCUCUGAUGCAGCACCUCCUUCCCCGCCACCUCCAAAUAAUUUACGACAUAAACUUGAAUUUCCUCCAAUUUGUUGAGCGUAAUUUCCCCAACGACCGCGAGAUGCUCGGCCGCGUAUCAAUUAUCGAGGAGUCGCAACCAAAGAUGGUCCGCAUGGCUUACCUUGCUCUGAUUGGUUCCCACAAGGUCAACGGUGUGGCCGAGCUGCACUCUGAUCUGAUCAAGACCACCAUCUUCAAGGACUUUGUCAAGAUCUACGGACCCGACAAGUUCACAAACGUCACCAACGGUAUCACACCCCGCAGAUGGUUGCACCAGGCCAACCCCAGGCUCUCUGAGCUUAUUGCGUCCAAGCUUGGUGGAUACGAUUUCUUGAAGGAUCUUACUCUGCUGCACAAGCUCGAGGCCUACGUCGACGACAAGGAGUUCAGGAAGGAGUUCCGCGAGAUCAAGUACGCAAACAAAGUCCGCCUCGCCCAGCACAUCAAGGAGCACAACAAUGUCACAGUCAAUCCAGCUGCACUCUUCGAUGUUCAGGUCAAGCGUAUCCACGAGUACAAGCGCCAGCAACUGAACAUCUUCGGUGUUAUCCACCGCUACCUCCAGAUCAAGGCCAUGUCGCCAGAGGAGAGGAAGAAGCUUGCUCCUCGUGUGUCUAUCUUCGGCGGCAAAGCUGCACCCGGAUACUGGAUGGCUAAGACCGUCAUCCACCUCAUUAACAAGGUCGGUGAUGUUGUCAACAAUGACAAAGAUAUCGGUGACCUGCUCAAGGUCAUCUUCUUGGAGGACUACAACGUCAGCAAGGCCGAGAUCAUCACACCUGCUAGCGACAUCAGCGAGCACAUCUCCACCGCCGGUACCGAGGCCAGUGGUACAAGUAACAUGAAGUUCUGCCUCAACGGUGGUCUCAUCAUUGGUACCUGCGAUGGUGCCAACAUCGAGAUCACCCGCGAGAUCGGCGAGGAGAACAUCUUCCUCUUCGGCAACCUGUCCGAAGACGUCGAGGAUCUUCGCCACGCCCACUUGUACAAGCACUACGAGCUCGAGCCUCAGCUUGCCAAUGUCUUCGACCACAUCCACAAGGGCACAUUCGGCGAUGCCGAGCGCUUCUCUGCUCUGCUGAAUGGCAUCGUCGACCACGGCGACUACUACCUUGUCUCUGACGACUUCGACUCGUACAUCAAAACCCAGGAGUCCAUUGACGAGAGCUACAAGAAUACGGAGGAGUGGACGACGAAGACUAUCCUGACGGUCGCCCGUAUGGGCUUCUUUACCAGUGACAGGUGUAUUGAUGAGUACGCGGAGAGCAUCUGGAACGUGGAGCCGCUCAUUCCCCAGGAUGAGCCUGCGCCGUAG